GAACUGUCGAUCUUUAUCACCUGGAAGAUAGUCCAUAAUUUCCAUUUUCAUGGUGUGCUCAAUGUGACAGUGAACACAAACCAGUGAGUGCUACCCAUUGGGUUAAGUUGUUAUCAACAUUUCAACCACUCGAUCGAAUUCUGAAACGUCGCAUGAUUACAACGCCACGGAGAUUGCAGCAUAGUUCGUGAGGCAAUUCAGAGCCGAAUUGCCUCUCAAUUCACCUACCCAUGAACUGUAACCAUGCCACCUUCAUUUCGGUCUCAUUCCCGCCACCAAGUUCCGUGCUUUUCCCAAAACGCACUUCCGCAAUCCUCACGCCGAAGAAAACCCUUUUGGCCAGGAACGUGAGACUCAGAGUCAGAGCAAGCGCUUCAAAGGGUGAUGGUAAUGCUCAGGCAGCAAAUUGGUCCCAGUGGGUCCCCGUAGGAUCUUUCGCCGCCGACAAAGUUUUCAGAUUGAUCGCCGGCGCCACAGCCAGUCCCAUUGGCCAGUUUGUUGCGUACCCCACCACGUUUCUUCACUCUGUCGACCCUCGAGUCAAAUUGGUAUGGCUUUUAGCUCUGGUUGUUCUACCUGCAAGGUCUCACAUAAUUAUGCGAUUUGGAUUAGUGAUAUACUUGACUUUGCUUUCAAUGUGGGUUCUACCUAGAAAUGCUUGGACGGAUCAACUGGGAAGAGUUUAUUUGCUAUCUGGAUUACUAUUCAUAACAUUAGGGCUAGGUUCAGAUGGUGUACCCGCACUUGUUCAGUUGAGAACGCCACCCCCUGCAAUGAUGGGGCUUCCUAAUCUUCCUGUAUCUUUAUCAGGUUAUGCGUAUACAAUCACAAAGUUAGGUCCAUUAACAUUUACCAGGAAAGGCCUAUCUGUAGCAAGCACUGUUGCAUGUUUGACUUUUACUGUAUUUCAAAGUGCAAGUCUCUGCCUCACAACUACCACACCCGAACAACUAGCAUUUGCAUUACGAUGGUUUAUGCUCCCUCUGAGACACAUCGGUGUUUCUGUGUCAGAAAUUGUGCUUACACUUUUACUCUCAUUGAGGUUUAUCAGUCUCGUUUUUGAUGAGGUCCGGAACAUUGCUUUGGGGAUUGUAUCCCGUAGGAUAAAUUGGAAGCAGCUGACUGUUAUGGAGACCAUUGAUAUUUUUUUUAACUACUUCCGGCGCAUCUUCAAAAAUAUUUUCAGCCAUGCAGAUCAAAUUUCUCAGGCUAUGAUAGUCAGAGGUUUUAAAGGGGAUAGUGGCAGUCACAAAAUUUACUUUUUGUCAGAAUCAUCCUUUGGGAUGGUAGAUGCUAUAUGUUUGCUGUUCUUGACAGUUCUCAUAGGAGCUGCUCUCCUGUCUGAGUACUACCUUGUCUAACAAUAUAUUCCACUCCAUCUGUAAGAGCAUUCUAGAGUGAUGUUAUGUUUUUUCAUCAUUAAGUUAAUUUGUCAUCUUUCUGUUUGCAUGUGAAAAAUUAGUAUCACAUGUGUAUGUUCAAGGGCAAGGGGAUUUUGUCAGGUUGUGCAGUUUUUCCAUAAAGAUGGAAAGAUGAACUGAGGAAAAUGUGGAUGGUUUUGGUAUGUUUUACCAGAGAUCUAGUGGAUUGACACUUUUUAUGACAUUUCUUCCCUACCAGUUUGUUUCAA